AUGCCUCGCAAUAUUCAAUUAAGUGACUUUGAAAAAGGACAAAUUAUUGGAAUGCAUAAACUUGGAGCUACAAAAAUUUUUAUCGCUACAGUACUAAAUCAGGAUCGUUCUGCAGUAUUUCGAUUUUUAACUCGAUAUGGAGAACAAGGAAAUAUUGAAACUGCCUUGCGUUCGGGAAGACCAUUGAUUAUGACUAAUAUGGAUGAACAAAAUCUUAUUAAUGCAACAAUCCGUUACAGAGAUCAGCCGCUUAAUGAAAUUUUAGCUAAUAAUGGUAUUAAUAUUUCACGAUCUAUAGCAAGAAGAAUCUUGCACAAGCAUGGAAUAUGGGGACGUAUUGCUGCUAAGAAGCCAGGUUUGACUCCAAGACAAGCAGAAGCAUGA